AUGAUCGCGACCGGAUCUGCGCGGAUCGCGAGCAGCAGGACGACAAACAAUUGCGCUGCGUCUGGGUUGGUCGGGAAGCCGUCGCCGGCACUGGUUUUGGCGACAAGCGUGUUGAAUAGCAGACAAGUGUCGACGACCACGACCGCUCCUCCUCCUCCUGCUGCUCCUGCUCCUCAGACGAGUUGGCUGCUGAGGAAUCUGCCGGCAAAAGCGGUUCCCUACGCGCAGCUCAUCAGGAUCGACAAGCCGGUCGGAACAUGGCUUCUUUACUGGCCUUGCACAUGGGGAAUCGCGAUGGCAGCAGCUGGCGCCGGCGCGUCAGUCAUGUCUACAGUCUGGACGCUCUCGCUCUUUGGCAUCGGCGCGCUGGUGAUGCGAGGCGUAGGCUGUAUCGCCAACGACUUCUGGGACCGCGAUCUCGACACCAAAGUGAUCCGCACCGCCGGCCGUCCGCUCGCAGCCGGCCAGCUCUCUGUCCGGCAAGCGAGCGUGUUCCUGGUCUCGCAGCUCUUCCUCGGCCUCGCCGUGCUGCUCUCGCUUCCUCUCGACUGCUUCCUGCUCGGCGCGUCGAGCUUGGGUUUUGUGGCUACCUACCCGCUAUUCAAGCGGUUCACGUACUAUCCGCAGCUCAUGCUCGCGCUGACGUAUAACUGGGGCGCCAUGCUCGGCUUCCCGGCCAUGCACGUCUGGGACCCGCCUACGAUGGCGGCGCUCUACGGGGCGGGCAUUUGCUGGACUUUGGUCUACGACACAAUCUACGCGCACCAGGACAAGCGCGACGACGUCAAGGCCGGGAUCAAGUCGACUGCGCUCGCGUGGGGCGACAAGACAAAGACGGUCGCGUCGGUGCUGACGGUCGUCCAGCUCGGUCUGCUCGCGUCCGCGGGCGUCACAGGCUCGGUCGCUGGCCCGCUGUUCUUCUCGGGGCUGGCGUGGGCGGCGUAUAGGCUUGGGCGGAUGAUUUACCAUGUUGAUCUUGAUGAUCCGGCGGAUUGCUGGAAGUGGUUUGUGGAUAAUAUCAAGACGGGCGGGGUUAUCUUUUUCGCGAUUGCGUCGCAGUAUCUGUAUGAUCUAUUUGUCGCGAGUGGCUUUAUGUAG